UUAUGCUGCAUUAAGAUACCAGUCAAAAUAUAGAAAUGAGUUCGGAGAACGUCCAUACUUCUCAGUUGAUCGUUCCUUCCUGGGUCGAAGAAGAUCAAUUCAUAAUUGCUAGGAAGAAAAAUGGUCAUUUGGAACAGUGGCACACGUUUAUCAAUUCGAAAUCUGGGGAGAAAGUUUCGACUCAAAUUUCUUCGCAACCUCAUUACUGGCAUUUGGAAAGGCAUGGGCAGGACAAUACAUACUGUUGGAGAUUUUAUGCGGUCAACAGUUCAGGCACUAAAUUAUACGUGACAUAUGAUGAUAACGGAAAUGUACAUCUGGAUUCAUCAGAGAUGGAAUCUAAGAAAAGAUUAUUUGACGUACUUUUGAGAUCUGAUGGAGGCGUAUUUCUCCGUGAACCUAAAAAUACAGCCGACCAAAGUCAGACUAAAUUCAUGACAACCGACAACACAGAACAGCUUCACAUGGUAUCUGAUGAAAAUCCCGGUCAAGAAUUCGAAUGGUUCAUUCUGAAAACUCUUGAUGCUAUAGGACAACAACAUCGAAUGCCUUUUCAUGUUGAAAUGUACGUUUAUCAAGGAUCUGAAAAAUGGAUAAGUCAGGAAGUUCUUGCUCAAACUAAAAUCGCAGUGAACCAAACCAGCACCCAACAUGAAUGGCGAGUCACUAUAGGAGACCGUUGGUCGUUCCAUACGGGUGUUUAUCAUGCUCACCAUGUAGUUCGUAAUGGUUUGGAUCUGAUACUUCUGGACAUCGUCGAUGAUGAAAAAAGUCGAUUAUUUCCCGCGAAAGGAGUUUCACAACGAUACAUGUUUCAGUCUCCACAAAAAAAAGUUUUGUAUUUAGGCCACGGCAGUCGGACUGUGACACUGAAAGCUAAAAGUCAUGCUACCUGGUGGGAACCAAUAUUAAUGCAUAUGCCAUAUGUGGGAAAAUACUCCCUCGUAUAUUAUUACCCACCGCUUCGUGAAAGAGAUCUCCCAUCCCAUUCUCAAGCCUGCACCGUUACUAUUUAACUUUCAACCGGUUCAUGUGAUAAGUACCAUAACAUGUCAAUCCCCGAAAAACGCGCUCACUUACCUUGUCCAUUCAUCAUUUUUCAAAUUUUGCCAGACAUAUACACAACAAAUUUUUCAUAUUUAUUCGAUAUGUAUCCAAGUUUUAUUACCAUAUUAUUAGUGCGUGUUGUACAUCAUAAGUGAAGUCGUGUGUCGUUUGUCAAUUCUGAUAUCAUGGAGCUCAACCAUUGACCAUCGUGUUAUCAACAUGACAGCACUGUAAUACAAAAAUAUCUGAUGGUUUCAAAAUUCCUACCAAAUGCACAAAAAACGAGGCAAGAACACUUUAAAAACACUUUUGUUUAGGCUUCGUCCCGUGGGUAAUUUAAAUUCAAUUUCAACCGGAUGUGAGUAAAAGCAUGAGAGCAUUUGCAUAAGCCAUAAAAAUAUACAAUACUUCCAAGCUCAAUUGAAUAACAACGAAAACUUAAAAGAUUUGCAUAAGAAUGGCUUUUUAUAUAUCACAAAAAUAGAAAACUUUUCUGGGAUCUUUUGUACAAAGCCCCCGCCACCAAUGCAAAAAUGUGAGUCCCCGCGACGUUUUAUAAUACUAAAUUAGUAAUUAUUCAGUUAGGGUUCGGGUUAUGAAUGAGUUAAAAAUUUGAAUUUUCAUCGCAAGCUGCAUUCCUAGCCCUCACCCUAACUUUAACUGGAUAGGUUUUUUACUAAAGAUCGCUUUUCUGACACUAAUCACCUCAUCAUGAAUGUAGUGGAAUUUAGUACUAGGUUUGAUUG